GCCACAUUGGAGUCUAUUGUUCCCCUUUCUUCAUCCCCUUUCCUCCUCUCGUUCUUCUUCUCAUUGCCAAAGGAUUUUUUUAGAGAGAGAGAGAGCUCUAAAGGCAACAAUGGCGUUGAGGCUGCCAACACACCUGGUGACACCUGCUAAACUCAAUCAUCAUCAUCGUCAUUGCCAUCGCCACGGCGGACUGUCAUGGCGGCGCACUUUAGCAUCCGACGCUCUCAUCUCUUCCUCGGUUUCUUCUUCUUCAUCAUCGAUGUCUCCAUCUUCGGCCGCCGGAAAAUUCAAUGUGGUGAAGUGCACUUCUGCUCCAACGGCAACAGCAGGUGCAGUGAAUCUAGGGCCAGGGACGCCAGUGAGGCCGACGAGCAUACUAGUUGUUGGUGCCACUGGUACUCUUGGAAGGCAGGUUGUGAGGCGGGCACUUGAUGAAGGCUAUGAUGUCAGAUGCCUCGUCAGGCCUAGACCUGCCCCUGCCGACUUUCUUCGUGAUUGGGGCGCUACCGUUGUCAAUGCAGACCUUAGCAAACCGGAGACCAUACCAGCAACAUUGGUUGGUAUUCAUACGAUCAUCGAUUGUGCCACGGGACGUCCAGAGGAGCCCAUUAAGACAGUAGACUGGGAAGGAAAAGUUGCUCUUAUACAAUGUGCAAAAGCAAUGGGAAUCCAGAAAUAUGUAUUCUUUUCCAUCCACAACUGUGACAAGCAUCCUGAAGUUCCACUUAUGGAGAUAAAGUACUGCACCGAGAAGUUUCUUCACGACUCAGGCCUAAAUCACAUCAUAAUCCGGUUAUGUGGUUUCAUGCAAGGCCUCAUCGGGCAGUAUGCAGUACCCAUACUAGAAGAAAAAUCUGUUUGGGGAACAGACGCCCCAACAAGAAUUGCUUAUAUGGACACCCAGGAUAUAGCUCGCUUGACAUUUAUAGCUUUGCGCAAUGAGACAAUUAAUGGGAAGCUUCUCACUUUUGCCGGUCCUCGUGCAUGGACAACCCAAGAGGUGAUAACAUUGUGCGAGAGGCUUGCCGGGCAAGAUGCGAACGUUACUACAGUCCCUGUCACUGUCUUGAGAUUCACUCGCCAGCUGACUCGGUUUUUUGAGUGGACAAAUGAUGUCGCUGAUAGAUUGGCAUUUUCAGAGGUCCUUACAAGUGACAUUGUUUUCUCCACUCCGAUGAACGAUACAUAUCAACUUCUUGGAGUGGAAGCAAAAGAGAUAGUUACCCUAGAGAAGUAUUUGCAAGAUUAUUUCACAAACAUAUUGAAAAAGUUGAAAGAUCUCAAGGCACAGUCCAAGCAAACUGACAUAUACUUCUGAAUGAAGACCAUUUUGUAAUUGUAAAUGACGCCAUGUAUUUAUUUUACAAGGUUGAUACCUGAUAACUUUCCUCUAAUAGGAAUGAAUGCCAUUCCGCCC